AUGGCUCGUAUCCUCUACCACGACUAUGGAGUAACCAACUUGACCACUCUCGCCAACUGGAUUUGUUUGAUCCAACACGAAUCAUCCUUCAACGAUCAAGCCGUCGGAGCCCUCAACUACAACGGAACCCAAGAUUUCGGUCUCUUCCAAAUCAACAACCAAUGGUGGUGUCAAGGAAACGUCUCCUCCUACAAUAGCUGCGGAAUCUCCUGUACCGCUCUUCUCGGAAACUUGUCCGCUUCCUGGAAGUGUGCCCAACUUGUCUACAAACAACAAGGAUUCAAGGCCUGGUACGGAUGGCUCAACUACUGCAACGGAACUGCCCCAAGUGUUGCUGACUGCAUCUAA